AUGGCGGAGCCUGAUACCGUCACCGUCCCUUAUCGCAAAACUACUCGUUUCGACGAGUUAAAUCCUUUUAUUGACGAUCAAGGGCUCAUUAAAGUAGGAGGUAGAUUAAAAAAUUCUGAUUUAUCCUUCGGCGAAAAACACCCAAUGGUCUUGCCGACCAAUCAUCACGUUACCGAUCUCAUAAUUAGAAAGGUGCAUCAUAAGACGUAUCAUGCGGGCAUACAGACGACACUGCAUACCAUCCUUAAUAAGUUUUGGAUCAUAAACGGAAAAGACCAAGUCAGACGUAUAGUUAGGCGUUGCGUGGAUUGCAUUCGGGAGCGCCCGCGAUUCUUGCAUGGUCAGAUGGCUGAUUUGCCAUCGUGUCGAGUAAAUGAAACGCCAGCAUUUUUUCACGUCGGCAUAGAUUACUUCGGGCCAUUUUUUACAAAAGAAAAAAAAGAGCGCAAUCGCAACAGGGUCAAAACAUACGGCUGCAUUUUUGUUAGCAUGGCUACAAAGGCCGUACAUUUAGAAAUUGUAAGCGAUCUGACCACGGCGGGAUUCUUGGGCGCGUUUAGUCGUUUCAUGUCUAGACGAGGCACCCUGGCGCACGUGUAUUCAGACAACGGUACGAAUUAUGUCGGCGCAAACAGCCACUUGCGCGAGCUUUACGCUUUAUUGAACUCCGAAAAACACAGAGAGAUGGUACAUGCGUUUAAGGCCGAUAGAGAAAUUGUCUGGCAUUUCAACCCGCCCCUUUCACCACAUUUUGGCAGGCUACAGGAAGUGGCGGUCAAGUCCUUCAAGCACCAUUUCAAACGUGUGCUAAAAGAUCAAUUACUUACCUACGAGCAAAUAACUACCUUAGUGAGUGAAAUCGAGGCAAUUUUGAAUUCGCGCCCCCUCUGUUCUCUCUCCGCGGAUCCAAAUGAUCCUUUAACUAUAAGUGCUGGACAUAUUUUAAUAGGGAGACCCUUUACCGUACUGCCUGAUCAUGACCUUACUUUAAUUCCAGAUAAUCGACUAACCACUUGGCGCUUUAUCACCAAGGCCAGACAAUCUUUUUGGCAAAGAUGGCAUAAGGAAUAUUUGAGCGAACUUCAGAAGCGUCAGAAGUGGCAAGGUUCAAAUGGCAAGAUCGAAAUUGGAUCAGUAGUCAUUUUAAUGGACCCGAAUCUUCCUUGCUCACGCUGGCCUCUGGGUGUGGUCAUCGAGACAUUUCCUGGGAACGAUGAUGUGGCUCGCGUGGUCUCAGUCAAGACCGCAAACGGAAUAUUCAAAAGAAACAUCACGAGAUUAUGUCCACUUCCAAAAGAAUGA